AAAUACAAAAAAAAAAAAACAACAACAAUGGAAAAAAUAUUUAAUAAAUUGAAAUAUUUACUGAAAACGGUCUUAUGUUUCCUAAUAGCUUGCAUGCUACUGCCAAUUAUUAUAUUGUCGUUUGUGGCUGCCCACUAUAGUAAUCAGCUGGUCUAUUAUGUGCUCUCAACUAAAUAUCCGAAUUUACUAAUUUCACAAUCGAAGAAAAUACGCACUCUGAUCGAUACGCCUCGGAACGCUGGCAUAUUUCACUUCCUCUUGCAAAUACGGGGCCCGUGCGAUUUUGACAAGAUUAAGCAGUUCUACGAACAAUAUCUGACAAACGCUCGAGAUAAAGCGGGAUAUUUGAAAUUUCCGAAAUUGCGGCAACAAUUGGUCACGUGCUGGGGACACUACGCUUGGGUGAAGGAUAGCAGUUCCUUCAAUGUGAACAAUCACAUCUUACUGAAUACGGAAGUCUAUCGCGGACGUUCGGUGAAUGAUGGUAAUAUUCAAGAGUUUGUUAGUGAUUUGGCGAGAAAAUAUAUACCUUCCGAUCUUCCACAAUGGCAAGUUAUUGUAAUACCCACGUCAUUGAGGGCGUCCACAUCAACGAGAGAAGCCGAAGGUUCGAGUGAAAACGUUGAGAACGACCACUACUAUAUUCUGGUAAAAAUUCAUCAUUUGAUUAUAGCUGAAGAAGAUGAUUUACAUAUAAGUGAGAUGUUAAUGUUGGAGGACAACUCGGACCAGCUUGUUGUGGAGUUCGGUGACACAUGCCGUCGUAAUUCACGUAAUCAAAAUUUGGCUUACUUUGUACGCAAGCCCCAGCACAUAGAAAAUCUUUUAAGACAUAUCGGACAAUUGAUUGUCAAUAUGUGGCGUAAAUUUAACUACAAUUUUGAAUCGUUAGAAACGCCCGAUGACUGCAAUCGUCUCAAAGUAACUUAUUUAUCUCAAUUGCUAUCCCUUUUACUCUUUAUACUGAUACAAGCGUUAAUUAGUUGGUGGAAAUUGAGAAAGAUCGCGAAGAGAAGAUCUUUCCAAUAUCUAAAGUAUCGAUCGAAUACAUUAACAUUCAAUCAGCUGCUAAUGCAAGAGAUGAAGCGUCGCAAUUUGUCUUGGAAAAUUGCUAAAGACGCGUUACUCACAUCAUGCCAUCCCGUGAAUGUAGUUACCACCUUGGCCACGAUCAUUGUGCAAAUUAAUAUUAAUGGCAUCAUUUUAAUACCGUAUCAUAUCUAUUGUGAAUUAUUUGCAUUGCGCGAACUCAUCUUUAAAGGCCAAACUACACUCACUUCAUCUUAUUGCGGCCGACUGUCCAUAUACGUGCCAUUGGUACUUUACGCUCAAAUUGAAUUUAUAAAAAUUUGUUGGGAAUUAUUCAAGGCUCCAGUUAAUAUCUAUGAAGAAUUAUUCCAAUACACAACACGUGAACCAAAUAUAUUGCAUAUGAAAUCUUAUUCCGGUCGCAAAAUUGUCUCCUUUUCAAAGUCAAUCGACGCUCAGCGUUUAAGGCAACGCGUAUCCUUUAAUAAAGAUUUAAGGGAAUCGGAUUUCACUUUAGCUUGCGUUGCCGGCGCCAUUUACGAUUACUUUAGAACUUAUGCGGAUUCUGCACCGGUUCCACAAACAUUGAAUACUACUUGUCGUACUAUAGCUAAAGGCUACUUUACCGAGAGAUUGGGUGAUAAAGCUGAUAACAUAGGUGGCGUUGUUUUCCUUCAAUUACCUUUAAAAAUUCCCGAUCGCAAACAUGUGCAACAAAUUCAUUCCAUAAUAGAAAAGAUCAGAUCUAAGCAAGUUAUGAUCUAUUUAGCUUCGAUGGGACAAACGAAACAUGACAUGAUUACUGCGUUACUGCCACGGGUUUUAACGAAAAUCUGUAUUAAUUAUUUUUCUUUUAAUUUUCCCGUCACUAUAACCAAAAUACAUGGGGAAAAUUCGGAAUUUCAAACACUUUGGGGUCAACAAGUUGAUGACGUUUUACUAUUCAGACCGCCUCAAUCGAAGACGUGCUUAUCGUUAAAUAUUCAUCGUUUCGGCGAUAAAUAUCGUUUAGCGAUAAUGGCUGAUACUGAACUCGGUCCGGACCAUUCGCAAAUUUCCCGUUCAUUUGAGAAUUACAUGGAAAAUGCUACCCUGUAA